UGUCAACAUGCGCAUUAUACCAGUGACCUAUAACUUUAUAAUUGCUGAUUGCUGUACUUGUUUGCACGUUCAUGACUCAAUGCCUUCUUUCCCACUGAGUGCUCAGUGCAGGGAAGAGUUUUUCGAGAGGAGGAGGAGAGGGGGAAGGAAAUAGAUCAGUUUUGUGUGUGGAAAGCAGGUCACAGGAUAGCAGGAGCACAGGAGCUACACCAGAUUUGCUUACUACCUGUCAGGGAGCCAAGGGAUGGCAGCUUCUAAAGUUGCUUCUUCACUGUUACUGGGAGCCUUUCUGAUCUCUUUCAGGACGAAGUCAAGGAGUUGGAUUUAGACUAUGAAUUUGCUGUGGAGCAGCCUGAAAGAACAACCAAGAGGCACUGAAGAUGCCUCUGAUAUGUGGCUUGAUAUGUGACUGUAACCUUGUACUUAGCAUCUGCAGACUGUCAGAUAUGGAGAUCUGGCAUGCUAGCUGGUGUGCUCUGAAGGAGGGCAGUAGAGAGCUCAUUCCUAGUGAUGGAGUUAGGAGAACACAUUGAGUGUUCAGCAACUUGUUGCUUUGAUUAAAAAAAAAAAGGUGUUUACUAUGUCAGAUAUUCUUACGUACGUUUCAGUUGCUCUAAACCAACGUUAUUUUAAAAGCAAGUUUUAAAUCAGAAAUGUGCGUGUGUAUGUGUAUAUAUGUGUGUAUAUGUGCAUCUGCUACAAGGCAGACACACAUCCAAAAUAUGGGCCCAAACUCUUCACUAAGGCCAAGGAAAAUUGGUUUCCCUCAUGCGGCACCUUGCAGGGUUGGAUCCAUAGUGACCUUUUUCUUGUUUUGAAAGCUUUGCGUUUUGCUGAUCUGUCCUUGUAGCUUUCACGAUGAUAGAUGAAAGCCUGUUAAAGGCUGUAUGAAGAGACUAAAACCAAACUGCUGGCUCCUGUCUCAUGCCCUUGCAUUGGUUAUACCUGCCUGCUCUGGUACGAGAUAUGCCUGCUGUGCAUGUCCCCCUGGGCAACUGGAGCCAGAAAUAAGUUUUGAUACUCUAGCGGAGCAAGCGCUGAAGAGCCUCCCCAGAGGGCAAAUGCGCUGCUGCGGUAAGCAGUGUGGGUCCUUCCCCCCCCAUUUUUCAGUAGGUAUGUAUGCUUCUGCCCUUAACAAGCCAUUAAACAUCACUAUAUUUAAACAAUAAUAGUAGUACUGACCGUACCCAAUAAUGUAUGCCAGCCUGUCACCUGAGUCUUUGUUCAAAUGUCUCAGGCAAAGCCUAGGAAAUUUUAGUUGAAACUCCUUCCUCCUCAAAACUUCCUUCUUAUAAAUAACUACAGAAGAAAUUGAGUGAAACAAUGUGUGGCAGAAAUGAAUAAUUGUAAAUGUAUUUUUCUAAAUUUCAUUCCUUUUUAUUAUUGGAAUCUUUGCCUCUUGUCACACCAGCUUCAGCGACUGCUGUUUGCUUACUCCACUGAAGUUUGAUCUUUCAGCCACUGAAAUUGGCUGUAAAGGCUCAGUUUGACUGAAAGCUCUAAUGACUUUUGCCUCUCUACUUUUUUUUUCUGUUAAUGAAAAACAUACAGCUGAGAAAGACACUCUUAAAAAUUAAUGGUAAUGAAAUGAUGGGAAUAAAUGAUGAAAUGAAAAAUUUAAGAGUAAGGAAGUAUUUGGGGUACAGGAGACUGCUUAGUGUUCUAGUUUUCAGACGCUGUUGAUAUUACACAGCAUCAGAAUUUGUCUUUCUGUACAUUUUCCACUGGAGGAUACAAAAAGUCUUUGCAUGCAUUAAUGCAUAAUGCAUAAACCAAGUAGAUAAAUUAACAGAAGUAGUUUUUUACAUUUUCCAGAAGGGAAGUAGUGUUUUUUGGACUUCCUCGAGGUUAUGCCACAGACCAGUUACACAGACAAGAAUAGAUCCCAGACUUGGUCAGUUUCUAAUUUUAACCCAAUACGCUGCUUUCCUUCCGUAUAUGUGAAAUUUAGAUUCGUCUUUCCUCAGUGUAUUUCAUGUUCUGCUCAGUAACUUAGCUAAUCAUCCGAGGUGGAUAAGGAUAUGCUAUAAGCUUUAUAGCCUGACAUAUUCAAAGAAAUGUUGCAUUUCACUUGUGCUGCGGGAGUCUGAGAAACAAAGAUUUGACUUUACAUCUGUUAAAAAAAAUUGUGAGCAGCCACAGUGUGUAAUGAGUGUGAAAUCAUCUUUGGCUCUCUUUGUUUGGUUUUGUUACAAAGGAUAUGGAUAUGGAAAGCAGUGCUGCAUCCUAACGGAUGGGAUUUCAGAUAAUAACAUUUGUUCGUUAUCUGUUCUGCUGUGGUUAGAAUCCAGUUACAGGGCUACUUUCAGCCAGCACGCACCAUAAGGAUGCUUGGGUACGGGACAAUAUCUACAGCAUCCUGGCUGUGUGGGGACUGGGGAUGGCUUAUCGGAAGAACGCAGACCGGGAUGAGGAUAAGGCCAAAGCCUAUGAACUUGAGCAGAAUGUUGUGAAGCUGAUGCGGGGACUCUUACAGUGCAUGAUGAGACAGGUAGAUAAGGUAGAGAAGUUCAAACACACACAGAGUACCAAAGACUCUCUGCAUGCCAAGUAUGACUCUGCUACCUGCGCCACAGUGGUCGGAGAUGACCAGUGGGGCCAUCUACAAGUAGAUGCAACUUCCCUUUACCUGCUCUUCUUGGCACAGAUGACUGCAUCAGGGUUGCGUAUUGUCUUCACCCUUGAUGAAGUUACCUUCAUACAGAAUCUUGUCUUUUACAUAGAAGCUGCCUACAAAGUUGCUGAUUAUGGAAUGUGGGAACGUGGUGAUAAGACAAACCAGGGCAUCCCCGAACUGAACGCAAGCUCUGUAGGAAUGGCCAAGGAGGCUUUGGAAGCAAUUGAUGAACUAGAUCUUUUUGGUGCUCAUGGAGGGCACAGAUCAGUGAUUCAUGUUCUUCCUGAUGAAGUAGAACAUUGUCAGUCUAUUCUAUAUUCGAUGUUGCCAAGGGCAUCCACGUCAAAGGAGAUUGAUGCUGGCCUUCUCUCUAUUAUUUCUUACCCAGCUUUUGCAGUGGAGGAUAUAAACCUUGUUAAUGUAACCAAGAGUGAAAUCAUAUCCAAAUUGCAGGGCCGCUAUGGCUGCUGUCGCUUCCUUCGGGAUGGUUACAAGACACCCAAAGAGGAUUCAAGCAGGCUGCAUUAUGAUCCAGCUGAGCUCAAGCUGUUUGAGAAUAUUGAAUGCGAGUGGCCGGUAUUCUGGACAUACUUUCUAAUUGAUGGAGUAUUUAAUGAGGACAAAAUUCAGGUACAAGAGUAUAGAGAGGCUCUGGAAGGAAUACUUAUUAGAGAAAAGAAUGGAAUAGUUCUAAUGCCUGAACUGUAUGCAGUCCCUUCAGAAAAGGUGGAAGAGGAAUAUGAAAAUCCUCACUCAGUGGAUCGUGUCCCAGUAGGAAAGUUGCCUCAUCUUUGGGGCCAAUCAUUGUAUGUCCUUAGCUGCCUAUUAGCAGAGGGAUUUCUGGCUGCAGGUGAAAUUGAUCCCUUAAACAGGAGAUUUUCCACUGGAUUUAAACCUGAUGUUGUGGUUCAAGUAACUGUUUUAGCAGAAUCUAAUGAAAUUAAGAAUCUCUUGCAAAACCAUGGAAUCAAUGUUCAGAGUAUUGCUGAUAUCCAUCCACUCAGAGUGCAGCCAGCUCGCAUCCUAAGUAAUCUCUACACCAUGUUGGGCCGGAACAAGAGCAUGCAACUGAGUGGACGGCCACACCGACACAUUGGAGUGCUAGGCACCUCCAAGCUGUAUGUGAUAAGAAAUCAAAUAUUUGCUUUUACCCCUCAGUUUACAGACCAGCAUCACUUCUAUCUGGCUCUAGACAAUCAGAUGGUUGUGGAGAUGCUCAAGACAGAGCUGGCCUACCUCACUUCUUGCUGGAGGAUGACAGGGAGACCAACCCUAAUGUUUCCCAUCACACACACAAUGCUCGUUGAUGAUGGUGCUGACAUUCAUCCAGCAGUUCUCGGCACCAUAAGAAAAUUAGAAGAUGGCUAUUUUGGAGGCGCAAGGGUGAAGGUAGGCAAACUAUCAGAAUUUCUUACCACUUCUUUCCAUACACAUCUGAGCUUCCUGGAUCCAGACUGUGAUGUAAAACUGUUUGAUGACCCUAAUGAAGGUCGUUGCAGUCCUGACAGUGAAUAUGGAUUCGAAGGCUAUCCAACAGAUUUCUGUGAAAAAGAGAGCCAGGAUGAGCUGGAUCAGUAUAUAAAUGAUAUUCUGCAGAGUACAGCACUGAAGUCAUACCUGCCUCCAACUUCAAAGACUGCUGAUCAGCCUCCGGUGUUCAGUGCAAACCAUUCUACACGAGAGAUACUGUCAAUAAUGGCCAAGACAAAGGGCUUGGAGGUUCCAGCUGUUUCUAUGUCUCUUCCCACUAAAGUUCUGAACACGCACCGGAAGUCUCUGAAUCUUGUUGAUACUCCCCACUCUUUUGAGGCAAAGGGUUGUGAAAAUGUUUUGCACUUACCUAAAGAUGCUCAUGGUGAUUUGGAUUGCAGGAAGCUUGUUGAACAGCUGAAAGAAUGUCCAACGAUUCAUGAUCAAGCAGAUAUCUUAUAUAUCUUGCAUAUAUUAAAAGGUCCUGAUUGGGAUACAGGGCUAAAUGGACAAUACGGCGUCACAGUUCAUUGUCUACUCAAUGAGCUCUACAGAAAGGCAGGCCUCAAUCAAGAGUGGGGCUUAAUCCGUUAUAUUUCUGGUAUACUUAAAAAGAGAGUGGAAGUCCUGGCUGAGGCUUGUACAGACCUUCUGUCGCACCACAAGCAACUGACAGUGGGCCUGCCACCAGAACCCCGUGAGAAAACCAUUACUGCCCCAUUGCCACCUGAGGAGCUCGCAGAUCUUAUUUAUGAAGCCAGCGGCCAAGACAUCAGUAUUGCAGUCCUGACACAGGAAAUGAUUAUGUACUUGGCGAUGUAUGUCCGGUCACAGCCUAGCCUUUUUGCAGAGAUGCUCAGACUGCGCAUUGGUCUGAUAAUUCAGGUGAUGGCCACUGAGCUGGCUCGGAGUCUGAACUGCUCAGGGGAAGAAGCUUCAGAGAGUUUGAUGAAUCUAAGCCCCUUUGAUAUGAAAAACCUUCUACAUCAUAUUCUGAGUGGAAAAGAGUUUGGUGUGGAAAGAAGCUUGCGACCUGUAGAUUCCUCUUCAUCUAGCCCUGCAAUUUCUAUUCAUGAAAUGGGACAUUCUGGAGCAACCAAAACAGAAAGAAGUGGUAUUACUAAACUGAAGAGUGAGAUGAAGCAGCUCCUCCAUGAGGGCCAUUCUUUGUCCAGCACCAUGUUCGCUUCCAAGUCCAUGAGGGGCAGUACUCCACCAUCACCCACCAGUACUUCUCCCACGGGCUCUGAUGGAGAUAGUUGGCGUAAGCGCCAAGGCCAGUGGCUUCGCAGGAGGAGGCUCGAUGGUGCCAUUAAUAGAGUUCCUGUCGGCUUUUAUGAGAAAGUGUGGAAGAUCCUUCAGAAGAAUGUUUUGUUUCAGUGCCAUGGUCUGUCCAUUGAUGGGUAUGUCCUUCCUUCCUCAACUACCAGAGAGAUGACUCCAUGUGAAAUCAAGUUUGCCGUGCACGUGGAGUCAGUACUGAACCGCAUAUCCCAACCUGAGUACAGGCAGCUCUUGGUGGAAGCUAUUCUCGUUCUCACGUUCCUGUCUGAGAUCGAGGUGAACAGCAUCGGGGGUAUCAUCCACGUGGAUCGAAUAGUGCACAUGGCCAAUGACCUAUUUCUGCAGGAACAGAAAUCAUUUGGAGCUACUGAUAACAUCUUGGAGAAAGACAUAGCCACAGGAAUUUGCCACUUUUUCUAUGACAGUGCUCCAAGCGGGGCCUUUGGAACCAUGACAUACCUAACAAAAGCCAUAAUUACUUAUUUACAGGAUUUCCUGCCUAGCACAGGCUGCACGAUGCAAUAAGCAAUGCCUUGUCAAGAAGGGAAAACUAAGCUCGCUCUUCUCCUUUCCCUGUGAUGAACCUCUUGUUUAGUUGCUGUACGUAUGUCCACGCGCUACCUCAGCAUUUUACACUGUUCAUCAUGUUACGUGCACCCCUACCUGUGAGAGACAGGUAGGUAGAAUUUGGCCUAGGGAGUACAUGGGAAAUAUACACACGAUGAGGCCUGUUCUGCCUAACGUACAUAAACGUAAUUCAUAUUAAAUUAGCAAGAAUUAUACAGCUCUGCCAACAGGAAAAUAAAUUACUCUGUGGAGAUCACAAGGCAUAAUAAAAUGAGGGAGCUGUAUCUCAAGCAUAAAGUCUCCCAGAUAAAUUAACAAAUUCCAUUACUUUCCUUUUCUCCUGCUAUCUGUAAAUGUACAUCAUUGUGAAUCACUAAUGCACAGUGUGAAUAAGCCAAGGACAUUUAAAUUAAAGAAAUAGGAAUAACUUGAAAUAAACUGGUGAUAUUUUAAUACA